ACCCAUCCAUCGUAAGUUCGUAUCAUACCAUAAGCAACAUCAACCAUGGCCAUACAUAAAUCUCUCUCCCUUUCUUUUCUCCUUUUUUUCCUACCCUUUCUUUCUUUCCAUGCAACAUCAUUUGCAACAGCAGCACCAUCAUCCGCACUCUCUGAAGUAGACGCUCUCAUGAAAUGGAAAGCCAGCCUCUCUGCAGCACAAGCUCUCCAUUCAUGGUCGCUUCCUUCUGCUAAUUCUACCACCAACACAAUCUCUUCAUGCAACUGGACUGGGAUCUCAUGCAACAGCCUUGGAAGCGUGACAGAGAUACGCUUACCGAGUGUGGGCUUGCAAGGUAAGCUCGAUAACCUGAGUUUCCCGUCAUUUCCAAACCUCCUCCAUCUUGAUCUCAGCAACAACACACUCAUCGGAACCAUUCCAGUCCAUCUUGACCUUCUUUACAAACUCACGUACCUGAAUCUGUCUUCAAAUGAAAUAAGUGGAUCAAUACCUCUGGAAAUAGGGAAUCUUGUGAACUUGACUGAGCUGGACUUGUCCACUAACCAUCUAGAUGGUUCCAUCCCUUCCACUUUAGGAAAUCUAACAAAGCUUUCCAUCUUGUACCUAUACCAAAAUCGAAUCUCUGGCUCCAUUCCUUCACAAAUAGGGAAUCUACAAGAUCUGGUUCAGUUGGCAUUGUGCACAAACAAACUAACUGGCCCGAUCCCUUCCACUUUAGGGAACUUGAAAAAGCUAACUGCCCUCUACCUCUUUGAGAAUCAAAUUUCUGGUUCAAUUCCACCAGAACUUGGGAAUUUAAUGAGUCUCAAUGAGCUAGAAUUGUACAGUAACAAUCUGACUGGUCCUAUCCCUCCUGCUUUAGGUAAUUUGAGCAACCUUACACUUUUCUAUCUCUACAAAACCCAAGUUUCUGGUUCAAUUCCACCAGAAAUAGGGAAUCUGGCUAAUCUCAAGGAGCUUGACUUGUCCAUUAACCUUCUAACAGGUUCUAUCCCUUCCACUUUAGGAAACUUGACCAAGCUGACUCUCCUCCACCUCUUUCAGAAUCAAAUUUCUGGUUCCAUUCCUCCGGAACUCGGGAAUUUAAUGAGUCUCAAUGACCUCGAAUUGUACAGUAACAAUCUGACUGGUCCUAUCCCUCCUACUUUAGGUAAUUUGAGCAACCUCGCACUUUUCUAUCUCCACAAAACCCAAGUUUCUGGUUCAAUUCCACCGGAAAUAGGGAAUCUCGUGAAUCUCAAGGAGCUUGACUUGUCCACUAACCUUCUAACAGGUUCUAUCCCUUCCACUUUAGGAAAGUUGACCAAACUUACUUUUUUGUCCCUUAUUUACUGUCAAUUAUCUGGUUCCUUGCCACAUGAAAUGACAAACAUGACAAAUCUUUCUGAACUCUACUUGGAUAGCAACAACUUUUCCGGCUACUUACCUCAGUUAUGCCAGGGUGGAUCUCUUGAAAAAAUCACUGUGGCAAACAACCAUUUCACUGGUGAGAUCCCGAGAAGCUUCAGAAACUGCACUAGCUUAACAAGAGUGCGACUCAAUGGAAACCGACUCAUUGCAAAUGUAUCAGAAGCCUUUGGUAUAUACCCACAUCUCAGAUACAUGGACGUCAGCAACAACAUGUUGUUUGGUGAACUCUCACCAAACUGGGGAGAAUGCCAAAACUUGACAAAGCUACAAUUCUCCGGGAACAUGAUCACCGGUAGAAUUCCUCCAGAGAUUGGGCAAUUGAUGCAGCUAGAAGUGCUUGGUCUUUCUUCGAACCAUCUAGUAGGAGAGAUUCCAAAGGAAUUUGGAAGGCUCCCUUUUUUGUACAACUUGACUUUAAAUGAUAACCAGCUUUCUGGUCAGUUACCACAAGAGAUUGGAAAACUAUCCAAUUUGGAGAUUCUGGAUCUGUCAAUAAAUCACCUAACUGGUCCAAUACCACCUCAGUUAGGGGAUUGCUCCAAACUCCAUUAUCUAAAAUUGAGUGAAAAUGUUUUGAAUGGAAGCAUUCCUUUUCAGAUUGGUAACCUAGUAUUCCUACAGGAAUUACUAGAUCUAAGUCAUAACUCCCUCAAUGGAAAGAUACCUCCACAACUCGCGAAAUUGGUUGGUCUGGAAAUUUUAAACCUCUCUCACAACCUGCUGUCAGGUUCCAUUCCGCCUUCUUUUGAAGGAAUGGUCAGCUUGCAAUCUAUUGAUUUUUCAUACAAUUCUUUGGAAGGUCCUGUUCCCAACAGCAAAAACUUUCAAAAGUUUCCUACAGAGGCAUUUAUAAAUAAUAAGGGCUUGUGUGGUGAAGUACAAGGUUUGCAACCUUGCAAUGCCUCUUCAAUAAGUCAUGGCGAUGCAAGGAAAGGCCACAAAGUUGUGAUCCUCGUUAUUCUUCUCUUCUCAGUAUUGUUUCUUUUAUUUGCAAUCGUUGGCAUAAUUUCUUCCAUUUAUUAUCAAAGAAGAAGAAGAAGAAUAGAGAAAGUGGUUCUUGAAAGGAGCGGAGGAAAUACAUUUUCAACAUGGAAUUAUGAUGGGAUUGCCACAUUUGAAGACAUUGUGGAGGCGACAGAGGGUUUUGAAGAAAAAUAUUGUAUUGGAACUGGAGGUUAUGCGAAAGUUUACAAAGCAAAUCUACCAGCGGGCCAGGUAGUAGCUGUGAAGAAACUUCACCCACUCGAAGGUGGGAAUCAAUCCGAUCAAAGAAGUUUUAGGAAUGAGAUAAAAGCAUUAACAGAAAUCCGUCAUCGCAACAUUGUAAAGCUAUAUGGCUUCUGUUCUCAUGCUCGAUUCUCAUUUCUAGUCUAUGAGUAUAUGGAAAGGGGAAGCUUGGCAAGCAUCCUAAGCAACGAGGAAGGAGCUGCACAAUUAAACUGGACUCUAAGGGUGAAGGUUAUCAAAGGUGUGGCCCAUGCUUUAUCUUACAUGCACCAUGAUUGUACUCUGCCGAUUGUCCAUCGAGACCUAUCAAGCAAUAAUGUUCUGUUGAAUUCAGAACUUGAAGCUAGUGUCUCUGACUUUGGAACUGCACGAUUGCUAAUACCUGAUUCCUCAAAUUGGACUACACUCGCAGGCACUUGCGGAUACAUAGCUCCAGAGCUUGCAUAUACAAUGAGGGUGACUGAAAAAUGCGACGUAUAUAGCUUUGGUGUUGUGGCACUUGAAGUGAUGAUGGGAAGUCAUCCUGGGGAGCUCAUCUCCUCUUUGUCAUCAUCAAGUAGACAAGAUACACUGAUAAAAGAUAUGUUGGACCAGCGUCUCUCAGAUCCGAUGACUGAUGUUGCACAGCAAGUCUUAUUUGUGGUAUGCAUUGCUCUUGCAUGCAUUCAGCCAGAUCCAGACUCUCGGCCAACCAUGCAACAUGUGGCUCAGGAGCUAUCCAUUGGUGGGCCUUCUUUCUCGCUACAGCCAUUCCAUGCACUUACGUUCCGUCAACUGAUGGAUCUGAAGGUAUAGUUGGGUGGAUGAAAAUCACCAAGUUUGUGGGUAUGUGGUGGCAUGUACAUUAUUACUGCAUGUUUAUUGUAUGAAAAUCAUCGAGCAUAGAUAAGUUGUUUUUCUUGUUAUGAUAUGUACAUAAUUUAGUAUCUGGAAUCGAUGUUUAUAAAAAAUAUAGUAUUUAAGAGUUGGUGGUCGAAAUCUAUAUGUAAUAAAGUAUUUGAAAGAAUAAAGAAAUUUUCUUGUGUGGUGA